AUGUUCAUACAGACGGAAACGACGCCUAACGAAGAUUCGCUGAAAUUUAUACCAGGAGUGAGUGUCAUGGGCGAAGGAGCUGCCGAAUUUCUCGACACCCGAUCUGCUAUAAAAUCGCCUUUGGCCAUUCGGCUUAUGGGUAUCGAGGGUGUUAAGGGUGUGUUCUACGGACCAGACUUCGUCACCGUGUCAAAAGAGGCGGAGACGACGUGGUCGGUGAUCAAGCCGGAGGUCUACUCGACAUUAAUGGAACACUUUUCUUCCGGCAUGCCCCUCUUUCGGACGCAAGAGGACAGAGACGAAGCUGGACCUCAAGAUACACGGAUCCUCGACACGGACUCGGAGACCGUGGCGAUGAUCAAGGAGUUGCUAGAGACACGAGUACGACCCGCGAUCAUGGAAGACGGUGGAGAUAUAGAGUAUCGUGGUUUUGGAGAGGAUGGAUGCGUCAAAAUCAAAUUAAAGGGAAGUUGUAGGGGAUGUUCUUCAAGCACGGUGACGCUCAAAUCAGGGAUAGAGAGGAUGUUGAUGCAUUACAUCCCGGAGGUGACAGGUGUCGAACAGGUGCUGGAUGAGGAAGAGAUCGUCGCGCAGAGCGAGCUGGAAAAGCUAGAGCAGCGCCUAGCUAGGGAGAAGGAGAGACCGAGAGAAGAGCACGAGUAG